AUGGACAUUUCAGUCGUGACUGGCAGAUCCCCCCGGUCUUCAGGUCAAGGGAGACAGCAGCAGGAUGACGAUGUUGAUAUGGACGGCGGGGCACUAGGCAAUCACGUCCAGGCCGACACAUUCCCGAGCUACGAGGAGAACGGGAGAUUGUAUCAUGGUUUCCGGAGAGGGAUGUAUAUGUAUCCCUGCGACGAGAACGAGCAGGACCGGCUGGAUCUCUUCCAUAGAGUCCUCUGCGUGGCCCGGAAGGAGAUACUGCACAGCCCCAAUAUAAAAAUCCCACCAAGUCUACUGCGCAACCCAACCUUCCUCCAUGAUCAGGGACCCCGAAUACUCGACCUCGGCUGCGGAACAGGUAUCUGGGCAAUCGACAUAGCAAAGAAAUAUCCUCACGCAUAUGUGCUUGGAAUCGACCUGGCUCCGAUGCAGCCGACCAACCGACCGCCCAACUGUGAAUUCCAAUCCCCGCGGGAUUACGAAAGCCCCUGGCUACUAGGCGAGAACUCCAAGGUCUUUGCGCAUCUCAAACCGGGGACUGGCUUUUUUGAACAAGUCGAAAUCGACUUUGAACCCUUCACCGUCAAUGGCGUACCGAACGAGCAUCUCUCGGAAUGGUACCGGCAAUUGAAAGCUGCCACUGACAAGGCCAUGAGGCCAAUCGCAUUCAAUCGCAGUAUGAAACACACCCUGAAAGAGGCCGGGUUUGUCGACGUCAAACAACACGUCGAAGGGCUACCGCUCAACGAGUGGCCGGAAGAUCCAGCCGAAAAAUUGGUGGGGAAGUGGUACAAUCUCGCAUAUUCAGAGAGCGCCUUGACUCUCUUGCAAGGGCCCCUUACCCGAAUAAGUGGCCUGCCGCCGGAACGGAUCCAGGAUCUUGCUGACCAGGCAAUAACCCAGGCCUAUGACAAGAAUGUCCAGGCGUUCAAUCACCUCCAGGUCUACACAGCGCGGAAACCAAGGUGA